AUGCUCUUGAUUCUCUCAUAUUUUCUUCUAUUCUUUGUCCGAUUUUCGAAUUGUUGCUUUGCUUGUGGAGUGUGCCAACCGGGCCUCUGCGGGCCGCCACAACCACCACCAACGCCGAUGUGCGGCGGUUGUUCUCGGGGUUACGCGUGUGGAUCGUACGGUUGUUAUCGGAUGAGGGCAAGAGCCAGAUCAUCGAAGACUCUCAACCUUCAAGAGGAGGAGGAAAAGCGUGCCGCUUUGAUCCGCUUGAGUCCCGACGAGAAAUUCGAGCGUUGUUGUGUCGAGCGAAAUCUGCCCGACUCGUGCAUGUCGAAGUGCUCGUAUCAAAGUUAUACGAGAAUGGCUUUACAGAACAUGUACUUCAAGUUAGAUGCGUGUCCGAUGCAAGCUGCAGCUGAUAUUCACUUCUGUGCAGCCCAGGGUAAAGACCACAGCACUUGUUGCUUUCAAAAUGGAGUGACAACGACAUUAGCUGGGCCUAAAUGUAUGACAUUCUGUGAUCAGCGUCCCGGUCACAUCACUCAACUUGACAUCACCUAUUUGGCAUGCUAUGAUCGAUUCGAGAGUAUGAAGAGUUGCUUCUACUAUGAAAUGAGCAAUGGUAAUGGUGCCAACGAGCCACCAGCGUCGAUCCCAGCCGAUCCGCUUCUCGCCGAGAACAGCCAAAAUGUUUUUCAACCAAAAGAACAAAGUGCAAGACCUCGUUUGGAAAAUCUUUUGAUGAAUAGAGAUCCGUCAAUUGGUGGAGAAUUGGAAAUUGAGGAUUAUGACAAUGACAAUGUUUCGGCAGCUCCACGAGCUCGUGCAGUUCGACGAAAUCCUGGAAUAGCUCGCACAUUCAUUCAA